CCCCUCCCUGCCUACCCCAGCUGGCUCCCUCACACUCCAUUCAUACACACAGACACUCACUCACACACACACUCUAUCUAUCUCUCUCUCUCUAUCUCUCUCUCUCUCUCUCUCUCUCUCUCUCGCUCUCACACACACAGAGAUCCACGUGGAGCACCAGCCCAGGUACCGCCAUGGACCAGGAGGGGAACGCGAAGAGGGCGGCUAGAAACAGAGCGUGGUUACCGUAGUAACCAGCUCUCUCCUCUCCACCUCUGUGCCUGGUGAUGCUCGUGUCUCUCCAUCCAGCUUCUCUUCUCUCGCUCUCUCUCGCUCCUGGAUUCACAACCUCUACACUGACAGUGGUUGACACAGAAACAGGAGGAGCUGUUUUCUCAUCUUUCCUCCUGCCCACCUUUAUCCUCCGACACUCUCCUUGUCAGCAGGACGGAACUCUUUUUCCCUUUCCUUAUCUUUUUCUCUGAGAUCGUUGGCUUCCACUUCCCUGGGAUUUCUACCGGUUUUUAAUUCCGCCAUGGCUCACGCAGCCUCCGCAUUGAAGAAGAACCGGGACGUGGAUGUCAAUGCUAUCGAGGAUGAGAAAGAAAAGAAGAGGAGAAUUAAGAAACUUGCGUCCCGGGAACAAAAGAGAAAGUCGGACAGCAAUGCCAGUUACCUGCGAGCAGCGCGGGCUGGGAACCUGGAGAAGGCCCUGGACUACCUCAAGUCUGGGGUAGAAAUCAAUAUCUGCAACCAGAAUGGGUUGAAUGCUCUUCAUCUGGCCUCUAAGGAGGGUCAUGUGGAGGUGGUGGCUGAGCUGCUGAAGCUAGAAGCCAAUGUGGACGCUGCGACCAAGAAAGGAAACACCGCUCUUCACAUAGCCUCGCUGGCCGGCCAAACGGAAGUGGUGAAAGAGCUGGUGACUAAUGGAGCCAAUGUCAACGCACAGUCUCAGAAUGGCUUCACCCCACUGUACAUGGCAGCCCAGGAGAACCAUCUUGAGGUGGUUCGCUUCCUCCUGGAACACAACUCCAGCCAGAGUAUCGCCACCGAGGACGGGUUCACCCCCCUGGCGGUGGCGCUGCAGCAGGGGCAUGACCAGGUGGUGUCUCUGCUCCUGGAGAACGACACCAAGGGCAAGGUGCGUCUGCCCGCCCUGCAUAUCGCCGCCCGCAAGGACGACACCAAGGCUGCAGCGUUACUGCUCCAGAACGACCGCAACGCAGAUGUAGAGUCCAAGAUGAUGGUGAAUAAAACGACAGAGAGCGGCUUCACUCCUCUCCACAUCGCUGCUCACUAUGGCAACAUCAACGUGGCCACGCUUCUGCUGAAUCGAGGCGGCGCUGUGGACUUCAUGGCCAGGAAUGACAUCACACCUCUCCAUGUGGCAUCUAAAAGAGGAAAUAGUAACAUGGUCAAACUGCUGUUGGACAGAGGCUCCAAAAUAGAUGCCAAGACCAAGGAUGGGCUGACACCUCUUCACUGUGGAGCGAGGAGCGGUCAUGAACAAGUGGUUGAGAUUCUGCUGGACCGCGGAGCCCCCAUUUUGUCCAAGACAAAGAACGGGCUGUCCCCCCUGCACAUGGCCACUCAGGGCGACCACAUCAACUGUGUCCAGCUCCUCCUCCAGAACGAUGUCCCCGUUGAUGAUGUCACCAACGACUACCUGACAGCGCUACACGUGGCCGCCCACUGUGGACACUACAAAGUGGCCAAGCUCAUAGUGGACAAAAAGGCCAACCCUAAUGCUAAAGCACUGAACGGCUUCACCCCGCUUCACAUCGCCUGCAAGAAGAACCGUGCCAAAGUGAUGGAGCUGCUGCUGAAGCACGGAGCAUCGAUCCAGGCUGUGACAGAGUCUGGACUCACUCCUAUUCACGUGGCAGCCUUCAUGGGACAUGAGAACAUUGUCAACGCACUGACGCAUCACGGAGCUUCGCCCAACACCACCAACGUGAGGGGCGAGACAGCGCUGCAUAUGGCAGCCCGGGCGGGUCAGGCGGACGUGGUGCGAUACCUGCUGCAGAAUGGAGCUAAGGUGGAGACCAAGGCCAAGGAUGACCAGACGGCGCUGCACAUCUCCAGCCGGCUGGGGAAGGCCGACAUUGUCCAGCAGCUGCUGCAGACUGGGGCUUCUGCCAACGCUGCCACCACGUCAGGCUACACACCUCUCCACCUGGCUGCCCGCGAAGGUCACGAGGACGUAGCUGCCAUGCUGCUGGACCAGGGUGCAUCGCUCUCAGCCUCCACUAAGAAAGGUUUCAGUCCUCUUCAUGUGGCAGCUAAGUAUGGGAAGAUGGAAGUGGCCAACCUGCUUCUUCAGAAGAGAGCAGCUCCGGAUGCAGCUGGAAAGAGUGGGCUAACUCCACUGCAUGUAGCUGCUCACUACGAUAAUCAGAGAGUGGCUCUACUGCUUCUGGAUCAGGGAGCAUCUCCCCAUGCCGCCGCCAAGAAUGGCUACACACCCCUCCACAUAGCUGCCAAGAAGAACCAGAUGGACAUAGGGACCACCCUACUGGAGUAUGGGGCGGACACCAACGCUGUGACCCGCCAGGGCAUCAGCCCUGUUCACCUGGCAGCACAGGAGGGCAGUGUGGACCUGGUCUCUCUGCUGCUCACCAAGAACGCCAACAUCAACAUGGGCAACAAGAGCGGUCUCACACCUCUCCACUUAGCGGCGCAGGAGGACAAAGUCAACGUGGCGGAAGUCCUGCUCAACCAGGGGGCGGACGUCGACCCCCAAACAAAGAUGGGAUACACUCCGCUGCAUGUGGCUUGUCACUAUGGCAACGUCAAGAUGGCAGACUUCCUCAUACAGAACCAGGCCAGAGUUGAUGGCAAAACAAAGAACGGCUACACGCCCCUCCACCAGGCGGCGCAGCAGGGCCACACCCACAUCAUCAACCUGCUGCUGCAGCACGGAGCCUCUGCCAAUCAGCUGACCGUGAACGGGAGCACAGCCUUGUCCAUCGCCUGUCGCCUUGGUUACAUCUCAGUGGUCGACACUCUCAGGCCGGUGACUGAUGAGAAUCUGACCUCUGUGACUGCGACAGAAAAACACAAAAUGAACAUACCCGAGACCAUGAACGAGUUUCUGGACAUGUCCGACGAUGAAGCUAAGGCUAAUUUGCCGGAAAUUCUCAAUGAGGACUGUAUUUCAGAUGUUGACGAAGGUGAGGAUGCAAUGACCGGUGACACUGACAAAUAUCUAAGGCCCCAGGACCUCAAGGAGCUGGGGGACGACUCUCUCCCGCAGGAGGGCUACAUGGGGUUCAGCAUAGGAGUCCGCUCAGCAAGCCCUAGGAUCAGCCUCCGCUCCUUCAGUUCGGAUAGGUCCAACACCCUCAACCGCAGCUCCUACGCACGAGACAGCAUGAUGAUAGAGGAGAUCCUCGCCCCGACCAAGGACACGCUUCAGAGUGUCUGUAAAGACCUUUCCUACUUGGUUGACCCUCUCAAUAAGCACCUGGCUGUAACCCGGGACUACGAUGCAGAGUGUCUGAGGCGCUACAGCUGGACCCCAGACACUAUAGAUCACAACAACACUGUGUCCAGCCCCAUUCACUCAGGCUUGUCCUCCCCGCUCCCUCAGUAUGACUCCAGAUUCCUGGUCAGCUUCAUGGUGGAUGCCCGUGGGGGUUCCAUGAGAGGAAGUCGAAGCAAUGGCAUGCGUAUCAUCAUCCCGCCCCGGAAGUGCACGGCUCCUACCCGCAUUACCUGCCGCCUGGCCAAGAGGCACAAGCUGGCCUACCCCCCGCCCAUGGUGGAGGGAGAGGGCCUAGUCAGCCGGCUGGUGGAGGUCGGCCCCGCAGGAGCCCAGUUUCUGGGACCUGUGAUCGUGGAGAUUCCUCAUUUCGGCUCCAUGAGGGGAAAGGAGAGGGAGCUGAUCGUGCUCAGGAGCGACAACGGUGACACAUGGAAGGAACACCAGUACGACUGCCAUCCAAGUGACAUCACAGACAUUCUCAACGGGAUGGACGAAGAACUGGACAGCAAUGCUGACCUGGAGAAGAAGCGGAUCUGUCGGAUUAUCACCAGGGACUUCCCCCAGUACUUUGCUGUGGUGUCCAGAAUCAAGCAGGAGAGUAACCACAUGGGUCCAGAGGGCGGGACUCUGACCAGCCUGACCGUGCCCAUGGUCCAGGCCUCGUUCCCACAGGGGGCGCUCACCAAGAAGAUACGCGUUGGCCUGCAGGCUCAGCCAGUCCCAGAUGACAUGGUGAGGAAUCUCCUCGGCAACAGGGCCACCUUCAGCCCUAUCGUUACCGUGGAGCCCAGGAGGAGGAAGUUCCACAAGCCCAUUACCAUGACGAUCCCUGUCCCGCCCCGAUCGGCAGAGGGCCACCCCAGUGGACCCAGGGGGGACUCCACCCCCUGCCUGCGCCUCCUCUGCAGCAUCACAGGUGGAACAUCUCCUGCCCAGUGGGAGGACAUUACAGGGACCACUCCGCUGUCCUUCGUCACAGACUGUGUUUCCUUCACCACAAACGUGUCGGCCAGGUUCUGGCUUGCAGACUGUCACCAGAUUCCUGAGACGGUCGUUCUGGCCUCUCAGCUAUACCGGGAGCUGAUCUGUGUGCCAUACCUGGCCAAGUUUGUGGUGUUUGCCAAGAUGAACGAUCCUGUUGAGUCACGCCUCCGCUGCUUCUGCAUGACGGACGACAAGGUGGACAAGACUCUGGAACAACAGGAGAACUUCGAAGAAGUGGCCAGAAGCAAAGACAUCGAGGUCUUGGAGGGCAAGCCUAUACAUGUGGAUUGCUAUGGCAACUUAUCUCCUCUUACCAAGAGUGGGCAGCAGCUGAUCUUCAACUUCUUCUCUUUCAAAGAGAACCGGCUUCCAUUCAAUGUGAAGGUCAGAGACAUGGGCCAAGAACCAUGCGGUCGACUCUCAUUCUUGAAAGAGCCGAAAACCUCUAAAGGUCUUCCACAGACUGCCAUAUGCAAUUUGAAUAUCACACUGCCAACUCAUAAGAAGGACAUGAUGGAGUCUGAUCCUGAUGAUGAGACUGAAAAACCAGACCGACGUCAUACCUUUGCCUCCUUAGCUUUGCGUAAGCGCUACAGCUAUCUGACCGACCCUGCAGCGAAAACAACUGAUCGGAGCUCGCAGAGAACACAGCCUACUGGCUACGCUUACAAACCUGUCUUUUCAACGAGAUCUUAUCAGGCGUGGUCGGCUGUUCCUAUCUCCGUCCCUGAGCAAGCCAAGUCUGGGUUCGGUUCCCACUCCAGUUCAUCGUCCAACACGCCCAAUGCCUCUCCACUGAAGUCUGUGUGGUCCAUCACCUCAGCGUCCCCCAUCAAGUCCAACAUAGGCGGCUCGUCGGCCCAUUCCAUCAAGUCAGUCAGCGACGUAGCUUCCCCCAUCAGGUCGUACAGGACUAUUUCAUCCCCAAUUAAGACUGUAGUUCAGCAGACCCAGUACCCAGUUCAGGUCACCGCCAGUCUCCUGUCAUCGCCAGUCAGAAGCGUCCCAGACCCCAUUUCCAUCAAGGAACUGGCAGCAUUGUCUUCUAGAACCUCUCCUAUCACCAGUGGUGGAGGGUGUCUGCUAGAGAGGUCAUCAAUCGCCAUGAGCCCACCUGCUUCCCCCAAAUCCUCACUGAAAAUGUACAGUUCAACUCUGCCAUUCAAGGGUGUCAUGGUGGGCACUGGCGCCACAGCAUCGUCCUCUCCAAUAAAAACUGUUCCUGGCCUCAACUCUGUCCGGUCCAGUGCAGACCCCUUAAGUCUAUUUUCCUCCCUUUCCUCACCAAUUAAAUCCAACACUCCUCCUAGUGCUGCAGCUCUGAUCAAUGGAACAGUAUCCCCUACAAAGUACCACUCCUCCUCUCCCACGUCCCUACUCUCCAGCAGCUUACAGGAGAGGAUACAAGCAACCACCAAUGCAGCAACGACAAGCGUAAAUGCAGCCUUUGACGAGGUUGAAAAGACUUUCAAUUCCUGCUCUGCCUCUGGAUAUGGAACUCUGAAGUCCGUGUCCUCCUCAGCGUCAUCUUCUUACCAAUCCAUAAGAUCCUCAGCCUCUAGUUCCCUAUAUGCCUCUCUAAGGUCCCCACCGAACUCUACCACCACUGUCACAUCUGGCACCAUGACUGUCCCAGUGUAUUCGGUUAUAAAUGUGUUGCCAGAGCCCCAAUUUAAAAAGCUCCCUGAGGUGUCAACGCCAGCUGCUGCCCUCUUCUCCUCUCGAAAAACUAUGCCUGCUGAGACAAACUCUCAAGCCCAGUCUUCCUUUGCCAGAACUCUGUCACCUGUCAAAUCCCCCUUAUUCAUGCCCCCGGCUGCCCUAAAAUCCACCACCUCAUCCCCGCUGUCCUCCAGCCAAGAGAUACUGAAGGACGUGGCAGAAAUGAAAGAGGACUUGAUACGGAUGUCUAACAUCUUGCAAACAGAACCAAGUUCAGCCUCCAAAGGUUUCCAGUCUGACUCUCCCAAAGAGGCUAAAAUAGAGGACGAGGAGCCUUGCAGAAUUGUAGAGAAAGUGAAACAGGACCUGGUCAAAGUUAGUGAGAUACUGACCAAGGAUACGGUCAAGGAUAGCAAGACAGCUAUUAAAAUGAAUACAACAGAUGAGGUGCAGUGCUCUAAACAAGCACCAGUGGAUCCCCAGCCAAGCAACUGGAGUUAUCCACCAAGAUAUGAGACAGUGGUUCCUCAAAUCAAAACUAAGACUAUACCAGACAGAGAUUUCAAUCUAUUGAAGGUAGUAGACUACUUGACAAAUGACAUGGGCAGUGGCUCUAUCUCAAAAACUGCAGAUGCAAAGCAUAGAUCUGAUGAGGUUAGAAGGGAAGGAGAGGAGAAACAAAAACGAAUGCUUAAACCUGAGCACAAGCUGAAAAUGCCACCCGCAAACAUGCGGUCCUCUGCCUCAGAAAAGGAGCUCUGUAAACUAGCAGAUGUGCUAUUUGGGCCUGACGCCAUGUUAGAAUCUCCUGAUGACAUCUCACAUGACCAGGACAAGAGUCCCCUCUCAGACAGUGGCUUUGAGACAAGGAGUGAAAGGACGCCCUCUGCACCACAGAGUGCGGAAGGCAUGGGACCCAAGGCACUUUUCCAGGAUAUUCCACCAGUAAUCACUGAGACAAGGACUGAGGUUGUUCAUGUUAUUAGGAGCUAUGAGUCUCCUGAAGAUAACAAGCAACCAAUGAUAGAGGAUACAAGGGCAGUUCGAUACAUUGAUGUUGAACCCAAAGGGCUGAAUGCAUCCAAUGUGGACCAAACUAAAUCAUUUCAGAUGAAAAUCAGCCCGGACGAUGACUCAAUGGGCAAGAGCAUGCGGGUGAAGGAAGAGACCCACAUCACGACUACCACCCGAAUGGUGUACCACAAACCCCAGAGUAAAGAGAAUACAUCAGAGAGGAUGGAAGAAUCAAUGUCAGUGCAUGAUAUAAUGAAAGCUUUCCAGUUAGGCAGGGAUCCCUCCAGAGAACUUGCUGGACUGUUUGAGCACAGGGCCGGCAAUGAUGACACAUCGCAGAGGGAUAUAAACUCAAAGCCCAAAGUUGAAAGAAUAAUCGAGGUUCACAUUGAAAAGGGUAACAAAACUGAACCAACUGAGGUCAUCAUCCGGGAAACAAAAAAUGACCCAGAGAAGGAGAUGUAUUUCUACCAAGGGAACAGUGGACUGUCACGACAGGGAGAGGAGGAGACUGAAGAAUCGCUCCCCUGUUACCUAGAGUCUUCCAGAGUAAACACACCCAUGUCACAGGAAGACGACAGUCGUCCAAGCUCUGCACAGCUCAUGGCAGAUGACUCGUACAAAGCCCUGAAGCUUCUCAGCCAGCACUCAGUGGAAUAUAAUGAUGAUGAAUCAUCAGAACUCAGAGGGGAGUCCUACAACUUUGCAGACAAAAUGCUUCUCUCUGAGAAACCAGACUCUUCUCACUCUGACACCGAGGAGUAUUUGAGGGACAGGUCUCGUUUUCACUCCCCAGAUAGGAGUAGUUAUAGUCAGGGACGGUCUAAUGGAUCAAGGCAAGAAUAUAUUUUGAGGUCAUCAAACACCGACAAAUCAGGUCAAAUUGCCAAUGUAGACGAUAACUUUGACAAACUAACACUAUUGCAGUAUUCCUCAGAACCUGGUAGCCCAAAGCACUCUGUUUGGAUGCGUGUCACUGAUGACAGACAGAGCCAGAAUAGAGAAAAGCUCAUCUAUGAAGACAGAGUAGACAGAACUGUUAAGGAAGCAGAGGAAAAGCUUAGCGAAGUCUCUCAGUUUUUUCGUGAUAAGACAGAGAAACUGAACGAUGAGCUCUCAUCCCCUGAGAAGAAGUCCCGCAGGUCAGACUUUAGGGAAACACGAUCUGGGCCUAGCUCUACGCACAGCAGUCCUGAAAGAUCAACCUAUAGGAAUGGGGGCAGUGGUGAAGAAUGUAGGGACCGUUUCAGAGACAGGUUUGGCUCCAAUGAUAGAAAAUGUGCUAGUUUACCGAGCAGCCCAGAGAGGAGAGUGCUGCUACAAUAUAAUGAUGACAAUAGAAAACCAGGGGAUGGUACUUCACAGGGCAAUGCAGGUGACGCCUCUAAACCAUUUCAAAUGUCAUCCUCCAAAGUCAGCGCUGUUAGGCUAAAAUUUGAACAAGAGGCUCAGAAGCAAGAUAAGGGUCCACAAUGGGGACAAACAUCAAAUCCCCCAGUAAGAAAACUCCAGGAAAGUACGCUGCCUGUGUAUCAAGUCUUUGCUGGCUCAAAUAUCCCCAAAUCACCAGACAGUCCAGGAAGUACCAGGAAAGUUCUAGAAAGCGAGGUUAGAGGAUCUAGUGGACCAAGCCCCAGUGCUAAUAGGUAUAUAUGCUCAUCUCCUAAACACGACACAAACGGAAAUGAACAGGAAGAAAAAAAGUCAUUCAAAACUUGGGAAUGUCAUGGAAAUGGAAACUAUAAACCCCAAGUGUCAAAACUAGCUCACACGUUAGUUCAAGAUGCGCAUGCCAAUGACAGCAAUUCACAAAGAAAACUUCAGGGCUUUAGAGAUGGGAUAACCAGUAAAGAAGAGACAACCCAAAAAACAAUUUACACAGAGCUUGUGGUCCGAGAAAACCCAAAUAGUAGUGAUGUACGUACUGGUAGUCUAAAAAAAAACUCGGAAUCGCAAAUUCCUGUUAGAAUGCCGUGUAGUUUCUCAGAGAAUCAGCAAUCCACAUCAUUAAAAUUAGAUACAUCUGUUAAACUGUGCGAAAGGGCAGGAUCACAAAUACCUACUUUAGCUAGAAAUCGGUUACACAGCGGCUCUGAAGCCAACAAAUCUACAAACGACUCAUCAGUAGAAAAAUCCUCAGAUUCUUAUGAUAGUAGUCAGUCAACUGUAGUAUGUAAUGGUAUAGAUAGCGACCAAGUAGAGUACUUGGAAAACGUAACCCCUGUAGUUGUCACUGAGGGUUUCAAAGACAUCAAACCGUUGCCAGUUUAUGUUAGCAUCCAAGUGGGCAAGCAAUAUGAAAAAGAAACAACUGGUCUGCUGGGAACAUACCAAAAGAUAGUGAGUCACGAGAGCCGAACAGUGCACGAGACACGGGGAGCAUUUUAUACCGUCAAACAAAAACAACCCCCAUCUCCUCAAGGCAGCCCAGAGGAUGACACUCUAGAGCAAGUUACUUUCAUGGACAGCUCUGGCAAGAGUCCUGUUACUCCUGAGACACCAAGCUCUGAGGAGGUGAGCCUUGCCUCCAGAAAGACAGAUUCCGUGAUUGGAUAUAUGCCCGGCAUGCCCAGUCCAAUAGCAGAGGAGUCUGAGGAAGACGAAGGAAAGACCUGCAUCUACAGGGAGUCUCUGCCGGAGAAAACCAAGCCUGCCUCAUCAGAACCCUCCAUCAGAAACCAGGAAACAGUGAAACGACCCAAAGAGAAACGAGUCGCUUACAUUGAGUUUCCCCCACCUCCGCCUUUAGAGGCAGAGCAUUCUGACCCUGAGAAGAGGGGGUCUUGUGCCUCCUCAGAGGCUGAGACAGAGAUGAUGGAGGUGAACCUCCAAGAGGAGCAUGAUCAGCACCUCCUUGCAGAGCCCAUCAUCAGGGUUCAGCCUCCCUCUCCAGUUCCCCCUGGAGCAGACGACAGCGACUCUAGUGAUGAUGAGUCUAUCUUCCAUCCCAUCCCCAACAAAAAGUACACCUUCAAGAUGAAGGAGAAGGAGGAAGGAGAGAAGCGUCUUAAACCCAAAAAGCCGGAGAGGAACGGAAACAACAAGGAGUCAGGCACUAAUGGCGUUGUAAAAGCAGAGGAGGAAGACUUGGAGCAAAAUGGCAAUGACCAGUCAAUCACAGACUGCUCCAUAGCCACAACUGAGUUCUCUCAUGACACAGAUGCUACUGAAGUAGACUCUCUCGAUGGCUAUGACCUUCAAGAUGAGGAUGAUGGGUUGAGUGAACAAGACCCUAAGACAUCCAGCCUGUCCAAUGACGGCAAGACAUGUGAUCGUUCCUUCAGUCAAUCAAAGCUUGAAGUCAUAGAGGAGGAGAAAACACCAAGUGAGGAUGGAGGGGAUAAUGGGAAAGCAAACUCUGACCAAAACACAGGAGAUGAAAAAGACUACACUCUUGAGGGAAGACAUCCAGAUAGACAGGGCGAUAGACAAGGCUUUGCAGAUAACUUAUUUGGCUAUCAACUCGAAGAGGAGUUAAACUCUACCUUCAAAACUGUCGCCACGAAAGGCUUAGACUUUGACCCCUGGUCAAGCAAAGGCGGAGAAGGAGUUUUUGAUGCCAAAGCGAAAGAAGAAGAUCCCAAGCCUUUCGGUUUGUCUGUGGAUGACAAGUCGCAAGGCACCACUCCAGACACUACCCCUGCUAGAACCCCGACUGAUGAGAGCACACCGACUAGCGAGCCUAACCCUUUCCCCUUCCACGAGGGGAAGAUGUUUGAGAUGACGCGCAGUGGUGCAAUUGACAUGAGCAAGCGGGACUUUGUUGAAGAGAGGCUUCAAUUUUUCCAGAUUGGUCCUCAGAGUCCCUGUGAGCGAACAGACCUGCGGAUGGCCAUCGUGGCCGACCACCUGGGACUUAGCUGGACUGAGCUGGCUCGGGAAAUGGACUUUUCUGUCGACGAGAUCAACCACAUCCGAGUGGAGAACCCCAACUCCCUGACAGCGCAGAGCUUCAUGCUGCUAAAGAAAUGGGUCAGCCGGGACGGUAAAAACGCAACGACGGAUGCCUUAACUGGAGUGCUGACCAAAGUCAAUCGGAUGGAUAUUGUGACUUUACUGGAGGGGCCGAUAUUUGACUAUGGUAACAUUUCAGGCACGAGAAGUUUUGCCGAUGAUAACGCUGUUUACCUGGAUCAGGCUGAUGGUUGGCACAGUGACACUUCCAGCGUCAACGUGGAGCCGCCCACACCUGGCCGCAGUGUGAGCUCAGACCUGCUAGACCGCCAGGAAAAUAGCCAGGAGAACUCCAGUGACUCCAUCACCUCUUCCUCUAGAGGGGAGCCAGGGAGGUCUAGGCACAAUGGCGAUCACACGGAGCUACCACCUCAGGACGGGUCACUUCCUGUACCGCAGGACUCAGCCAACGGAAGAACUGGACAUGGGAAGGAAGAAGGCACACUUGUGUCUGAGAAGAAAGUCCAGCAGCGUUUUAGUGAGUCCGGUUCUGACGAGGAACGGACCGUCACCACCAGGGUGUUUCGGCGCCGGGUCAUUCUUAAGGGAGAACAGGCAAAGAAUAUUCCAGGCGAAUCAGUGACAGAAGAACAGUUUACCGAUGAAGACGGUAACAUCAUCACUAGAAAAGUCAUCAGAAAGGUCAUCCGGCGCGUGUCCACGCCCACGCCUGACGACCAGGGCGGGGACAGGGGGAGUUUGGACCGAGGAGACCCCUGGCCCUGCCCUUUCUUACUGGAGGAGGAGUUAGAGCAAGGAGAUGGAGCUAAAAGCAGGAAGAAGGAGGAGAGGAGGUCGGGAGAAAAGAAGCUUCAAUCGUAGGGGUAGCUGUGCUCCACCAGGUACUUUACCAAGUGUGCAGGAAUUAUUCUCAUCUGUUUCCAGGGCAGAAAGUUGCAAACUGAAAAACUCAAGAAAUUUCAGCCAGGACUUGACCCGUCUGAUUUCAAUAUGAGCAUAUAAAACUCACUCCCUGUCAAUUGAGGGACCUGGAAGGUUCUCACCAUGGAAUCUGAAUUCUAAUUGUAUGGCUCUCACUUCCUGUGGUCUAUGGACCAGGAGAAUUCUGCUUCCUGUUUGUGACUCGUAACGUGCCAUUGGUGUGAGAGCUUUUGAGGAGCAUUGUGGUGACAAUAAAAAGGACUCCAUCACAGAAAAACUACAGGUGCAACUGAACAUAUACUUACCUGUGACCAAAGAUGGCACAAAAGCUCAAUUCUAGUAGUAGGAGAAAGAAAAUCAACAAAAUUACACAAAAACUAGAGGAACACUUCUGAUCCACCUCCAACACUCGCCUUAUAGUUUUGUCUUGGACCCAUAAAUGUCAGGUUGUAAAUUGCUGUGGGUUUUGUUUUCCUUUUUAAAACUGAAAAUAACACAAGGCUUUUUCCUGUAUAUAAAUUACAAUGUGUACAAUUAAAAAAUUAUGAGUUACAGGAUGAUAAUGCACAGGAGAGAACUUUACAAGUGCUUUCAAAAUUAUUAUCAAAAUGGUUCCACUUUUAAGGAAGAUUUGAGUGUAACUUCACAUGUUCUUGUAUAAUUCAUUAUUUUAGCAGGUAUAAUGUUUGUAUAUGAAAAAAGCUGGUUAGAUUUUACAGAGGAAAUUUCCAGAAAAUCUUCUGCGAAUUUCAGUGAUUCCUAAAAAGGGGAUGUAUUUAAUUCUGCAAAAGCAGAGUACUCAUAUUUUCAUGCAUGCCGUUCACAUUAUUUUAAGUACAAUUUUUACAAGUUUGCAAACACUGUAUUAAAAUGAGAAUUAAAACCCUUAACCUGUGUACACAUAUAGAUAGCCCUUGCAUUUGUCACCAGUUUUAUAUUUGAAAUGAAAAAAAUACCAUAAAAGCAUUUAUUGUGUCUGGAACGAGGAACAGUAUGAAGAAAAUUAGUUCUAUAGCUUCUUGAGGGUUUAAUGUAGCCUACCGUUUGUCUAUGUAAAACUGAACGGCAGCUUCUGCAGGCAUUAGCAUAAAUGCUACGAGAAAGAAGUUAUCUGAAUGUAUAUUCUAGUAGACUGGCUCGCUGUAAAAGUAGAACUGUAUUCUGUGUAUUGGCUAUAAGGUGUAGAGGUCUCUGUACGCUGUAAGACUGUUUGUAAUCAUUUUAGCAGUGUGUCAUUUGGUUUAUAAAGGCUGCUGUGGUUUUAAAGAAAAGGUGUCAUUUCCUUUUGGGUUUUGGUGAAGUAUUUCCUUAAAUUUAAUCUACUCACAUAAAGACACAUAAGACAUUAUUUGAUUGUAGCUCUUAAUAGAAAAUGUAUGACAAAAACACUGGAUGGUCAAAACGAUUAUUUAAGCAUCAAAUUAAUUGUGUUGAACUCUGAAAUUGUGUGAUCUUUCUAGGCUUGAGAAUCUGUAUGCAGUGUCUAACUAGCAUUCAUUUGAUAGUUCAUUGGCGAUUACUUUGCGUUAGAUCUUCUCUUUGUAUUGGUUUGACUAGAGGCCCAUGUAGUUAAAGUGUGGUGUUAUUCUGGUGUAAAGGCUCAGAUUUAGUGUGAUGAUGAUGUUUAUGCUGUGGACAUGACAACCAUGUAAAGGACUGAUUUUCCUUUUUUGACAAGUGAAGUCAUUUAGGGUAUUGUAUCAUAUCUCCUAUCCUACAUGUCAAUCAGGAGGUAGAGGUUAAUUUGAUCAAUUUUGUUUGAUAUGUGUUUUCACCUGAGCUAAUUUUUCGAUGUACAAUUCUUACUAACAGAGUGAAGCCAUUGAAAUGUAACUAUUCUAGCACUUUGGUUAUUCAAGGUCUUCUUUUGGAGGUUAUAGCAGCAAUGACGCCACCACAAUGUUUCAAUUUUAAAAAACGAAAUAACAAAAUAAAAAUGCAUUUAUUUUGCAA